GUGUCCAACAUGGCGAACGCUGGCUGCGGCUCUCUCGCGACUAUUCUCUUUUUAUUCGUGUUUCCAGCGGCUCUUCACAAAGGAGCUGCACAGUAUCCAGUGGUGAGUCAGAACCUGGUGACAGACAAUGUGUCCGUGGUGGAGGGAGAGAUGGCGAUCAUCAGCUGUCGGGUGAAGAACAAUGACGACUCCGUUAUCCAGCUGCUUAACCCCAACAGGCAGACAAUUUACUUCAGAGACAUGAGGCCACUGAAAGACGCUCGCUUUCAGCUGGUGAACUUCUCAGACAACGAGCUGCGGGUGUCGCUGUCUAAUGUCUCGCUGUCAGACGAGGGUCGAUAUGUUUGCCAGCUCUACACAGACCCCCCACAGGAAGCCUACGCUGACAUCACUGUGCUAAUUCCUCCAGGUAACCCCAUCAUCGAGGCCCGGGACGAAGUCCUGAGCGAGGGAAACGAGACAGAGAUGACCUGCACUGCCAUGAGCAGUAAGCCUCCCGCCACCAUCAGAUGGAUGAAGGGAGAUAAGGAGCUUCCAGGCAAACCCAAAGUUGAGCUGACCUACGACAAGAUGUACACAGUGACCAGCCGCCUGACGUUCACCGUGAAUAAGGAGGAUGACGGCGUACCUGUGGUUUGCAUCGUAGACCACCCUGCCGUCAAGGACUUCCAAGCACAGAAAUACCUGGAAGUGCAGUACAAACCGGAGGUAAAGAUUGUGGUGGAAUUUCCUCAGGGUCUGACCAGGGAAGGCGAGAACCUGGAGCUGACGUGUCAGGCCAAAGGCAAACCCCAGCCACAACGGGUGAACUGGGUGAAAGUGGAUGAUGAUGUGCCAUCCCACGCCGUCAUCUCCGGUGGGGAUCUUUACAUUGAAAAUCUCAACAAGUCCUACAACGGAACCUACCGCUGUGUGGCAUCCAAUUCAGUGGGGGAGGCUUACGACGACUACAUCCUCUAUGUCUAUGAUGCUCCCACCACCACCCCUAAACCCACCACUGCCACCACCACCACCACCACCAUCACCACCACCACCUCCUACCCCGAAGCCAAUCAAGAUACUGCGCCCAGCACUGAACCUGCAGCUCAUGAUUCACGAGCUGGAGAAGGAGCACCCAGAACGGUGGACCAUGCAGUGAUCGGAGGAGUUGUGGCCGUGGUCGUCUUUGCCAUGCUCUGCCUACUCAUCGUCCUGGGGCGCUACUUCGCAAGACACAAAGGUACCUACUUCACACACGAAGCCAAAGGAGCAGAUGAUGCAGCGGACGCAGACACAGCCAUCAUCAAUGCAGAGGGUGGCCACACCAACUCGGACGAAAAGAAAGAGUACUACAUCUAAUCAAAACAGGACCCCUCACUCUAGUGUCGUCUUUUGGACACCAAGCUGGUUUUGGGGCCGGGGAAGGGUUAGAGGGAGGUUGAUGGAGGGAUUGGAGUUUGUUCAGGAUCACUUUUAGUGAGAGUAGAGGGGUCAAGGAGUAGAAGAGAAAUGGGUUCUAAAGAAAGGCCUGGUUUUAAGCCGUUGUUUAGUCUAGUCUGCAGAUGUAGAUGGAAUGUUUUGUGUGUUAAAAAAAAAAAUAAAUCAAAAAAGGAGAAAAAAAAUGGGAGGGUUUGGGUUUUCGGUAAAUUGAGAAGGGGAUGGGUUGGGGGUGGGAGGGUGCGCCAGAUGUUGCCAGAAAUCACUGUAGAGAGCUUCACCAUUCGACACCUCCCUAACUGCUGGUACGAAUUUUAUUUAGUUCAACCAUUUGCAGAAAAUUCUGUGCCUUGUUCUGAAUUUUUUUGUUCUAUCCAUACUUUGGAUUUGUGUUGAUCCUCAUUUGCAUAACCUUGUUGCUCCCCUUUCCCCGUUUCAUCUUUCUCACUUGUAAUUAUCAAUGUGCUGUUGGCUUUUGUAUGAGGGUAAAAUUACACAGCCACUUUAUUCAUUCUCCUCAAUGUAUCUGCACACACGCAUCCUCUCCUACAUAACAACUCUCUCCAGUAUACUGUGAUUUGUCUCAAGCCAUUUCUUCCCUCUCUUUUUUUUCCCUGAAGUUUUGACAGCUCCAAAAAUGCAUGGAAUACUUUACAUAUCAUUGUACAAAGGACAUAAAUGAGACACAGGUUGGAUAUUCUGUAUUUGCCCUCCCUGCCCCCUCCUGAACACAACCGCAUUCAAAUCCUGAUCGAAAUGAAGGCAGUAAAGGAUAAUAACGUGAAAUGAUCUUCCCCUUUCAACUUUAAAUUUAUUUUUAGCGACCUAAUUUUAUUCUUCAGAGCAGAUAUACUGCUGCAUCUUAAACAAUUAUUUUUCUUAGUAAAGAGAGGUAGUACGUUAUUUUUCCCCAGUGUGCUGCCAUUUUAUUAUUGCAGUUUCUUCCUCUGUUCGGUAUUAUUUUUUCUCCUAUUUGGCUGAACAGUAGCCCUGUUGUCCCACCGGCUUUCAGUGAGUUGUAAUGAUGAGAUUCAAUUGAUUUCCAUCUGUUCUCACUCUAGAAUAUAUUUUCUUACAAAUGGGAAAGUAAGAAAAUGUUUUCAAACUGUUUUUUGGCAGACUCUCAGUUAAGAUGCCUCUGUAAUAAAAGGCUGUUAAAAAAAAUAAAAAUUGGUAUUAAUGCUGGCCAACCAGCAGCCAAAAGAUGCUGGUGUACUAUACAUAACUCUACUGAAAAGAGAAACAGCCUUAACCAAACUCCAAACUGAAUCACUAAUUCAAAUUUGGGUUCCUAACCUGUACAAAACAUAAAGAAGGUCAUGGCAGUCCAGGUCCUCCCAUCAGCAGGUCCAUGUUAUUUCAUAGACACACAAUUCAAUGUGUAAAUCAAGCCAAUGGAAUCACAGUUGUAUUGUACACUAAUCCUUGCUAAGAAAUAUUUUUUACAAAUUACUAGAAUUACAAUGGAGUACCUUUGUGGAUUUUAUUGUAUCACGGUCAUUGUGAGUUCUGUCAAAUUGUAAAACAAGCAAAUGUUUGGGAAAGUAAAUGUCUUCAAACUGUAAUGCUCUGAGAGACAGGUCAGUCUUUCCACUUUCAUCACACCUUCCAAAUAUCGGCUUCAACGAUCAGCCACAACAUUAAACCUGGAAACCUUAAAACCCGUUUGAAUGUUGUGGCUGUUUAGUGUAUAGCCUCUGGUUUUGCUUUGAUACAGCAGCUUUGAAUGCUUAAACAUUAGAUAUUUUUUGCAUGUCUGUAUGUGCUAACAACCCAUUCCUUCUGCUUCUCCGUCUUGCUUUAUGUUAUCACCUGCCAAAACUGAACGAGGAUCUGUUUUGCUGUGCCAGCUGGGGAGCGCUGAGGAAUGCCAAAAGUAAUUAAUUGUUUGCAACAGAACUUAAUACACAUGUUGUGCUCCGCGGUGUUAAUCCACGGUUUGCAUUAAUGCCCUGGCUUCUUAACAUGGCAAUGACAGUCUAUUGAUGGCAUUAUUUGUCAUUAUUAUGUCUUCACACAGCAAGCAGCUCGCUUAAUGAGUCCGUACUCUAUGUGACAAUUGUGGGUGGAGUGAGGUGGAGGUCUGGGCUGCAGUGUGCACGUUCAGCACUGGAACAGGCAAAGAGUGAAUAUCGUGUGUCAUGAUAUCACAUCAUGCUGAGCAUUUUUUCAGCAGAAAUGAUAAACUUAUCAUCGACCCCAAAAAUGGCUGAAACCUCCUCAAGUAUUCAUUUUUAAGGCACUUAUUCAGGUGGUUUUUCAAAUUAAAGUCACUCUGAAGCUAGAAUAAACUGACAAAUCAAAUCAUCACUAAAGAAAAAAAAAAAGGCAGUUAAUUGCCUGC